CAGAAAGGUCCAUACCUGUAUUCCUCGACAACAAUAUACACGAUGCCUCAUCAAAAUCCAGAGGAGACAGUGAACAAUCAUGACAUGAAUCAGGUCACGAACGCUUUUCAAAAGCUAUCUGAACGCGUCGGAUGCCGCAACCUGCCGCUUGAAACUGUACGAGUUGCCAACUAUCCAAGUGAAGAAUGGCUAUCGGAGAUUCAGAGACGCACCCCGUCGAACACGGGCAGGCCAUUGGAAGAUGUACUCCGAGAGGCCGACGAGAUCUUCUCAUAUCGCAUCAGCACAAAGCAUCCUCGAUUCUUUGCGUUCAUUCCGUCACCAGUCUCCCCCGUGUCUUGGCUGGGAGACUCCCUCACUUCCGCAUACAAUACCUAUGCGGGAAGCUCAGAAUCAGGAUCCGGCGUCUGCGCCGUGGAAAGAUCCAUGAUCGCCUGGAUUGCUGAACAAUUUGGCUUACCUUCAUCUGCGGGGGGCCAGUUUGUGUCUGGGGCGUCGAUGGCUACCUUGACGGCAGUUACCGUUGCCAGAGACCAGCGUUUGAGCGUUGGGCUGCGGCCAAAAGCGACCGUGUACAUCUCAGAUGAGUCACACUUCUGUAUCAUUAAGGCACUUCGCAUCAUCGGCUUCCUGGACUCCCAAAUCCGGACCAUCCGCUGCGAUUCAAAAUACCGCAUGGAUACCGACUAUCUCCGUCGUGCGAUAUCUAAAGAUACCGAAGAUGCCCUCAAGCCAUUCCUUGUUGUCGCGACGUGUGGGACAACGAGCACCGGCGCCAUUGAUUCUCUGAACGAAAUUGCAGACAUAGCUGACGAACAUGGAUUAUGGAUGCACGUCGACGCGGCCUACGGCGGAUCAGCCGCAUUUUCAAGCACCCAUCGAUCUCUAGUGAACGGACUUGGCCGAGCGGAUAGCAUCGCCUGGGAUCCUCACAAAUGGCUCUUCCAAACGUACGGCUGUGGGGCUAUCCUCUUCCGCGAGAAAUCUCACCCCCUGAAGAGUUUUGCAUCCACGGCUCAUUUCUGCCGCGACUUUGAAGAUGAAAAGGAGCCCCAGAAUCCAUGGAACUAUGGAAUUGAGCUGACGAGGCCCGCACGACACAUGCGACUUUGGUUCAGUUUACAGGUGCUUGGCAUGGACACGAUUGACAAGAUGAUUGGGCGAGGCUUUGAGUUAUCAGCCGUUGCUGAAGGCGAGAUAAAAAAGCUGGCAGAUUGGAUUAUCUUGGCCCCCACAUCUUUGGCCAUUGUGAACUUUCGCUUUGCCCCACACGGCCUUAUUGAUGACCUUCUGGACCAGGUUAAUACUCGCGUUUCGAAAGAUUUGGCCGCCGAGAAUAUCGCGUGCAUACUCACCACUCAUCUGGGAGGUGUGGUUGGUCUCCGGAUGUGUACCAUCAAUCCGCGGACCACUGACGACGAUAUACGUCGUGUGGUGAGUGCACUGGAUCGCAGUGCUCAGGGUGUAUAUGAGGAGCUUUCUAAAAGACCCUAA